GUGGUUGUUGGCCGCUGCAGGGCAACACCCCGGCGUCCCUGGAAGCGGGGAGCCGGGGUGGGGCUGGGGAAACUGCGCAGACCCCGGAGCGGUCGCCCAGAACCUCCUGGGGUAGGGGACAGGUGUUUGAGCCCAGACCAAUCAUGGCCGGACGACCAAUCCGCAUAGGAGACCAGCUGGUCCUGGAGGAAAAUUAUGAUGAGACCUACAUUCCCAGUGAGCAAGAAAUUUUUGAGUUUGCCAGAGAGAUUGGUAUUGAUCCCAUCAAGGAACCAGAACUGAUGUGGCUGGCGAGGGAGGGCAUUGUGGCCCCACUACCUGUGGAGUGGAAACCCUGCCAGGACAUCACAGGUGAUAUUUACUAUUUCAACUUUGCUAAUGGUCAGUCCACGUGGGACCAUCCGUGUGAUGAACACUAUCGGAACUUGGUGAUCCAAGAGCGGGGGAAGCUGUCAGUUCCUGGGGCCGUUAAGAAGAAAGACAAAAAAAAGAAAAAGGAAAAGAAAGACAAGAAGGACAAAGAGACCACCAAAAGUGCCCUGGAAACACAGCCUGAGCAGGGACUUCUGCCAUCUUCCUUUCUCCGUGGUCUGUCCCCUCUCUCAGCACCUGGGCUUGCUGAUCUGGAGCUAGACCAAGAGCUGCAGGCUAGAAAUGAGGGCUCCUUUAAGAAAGGGAAGAGCCCAUGCAUGCUGGGUGACACCCCCUGGCCUCACAUGGGUGCCCUCCCCAGUAAGCUGCAGCCGCUCUCCAAAGGCCAAGCUUCCCGGAACUACCAGAUCUUUGCCGACGUGGAGAAAAUCUUAGGCAGGGCCCCAGCCCAAUGCAGGACAGAGUUAGGUGAUCAGCAGGGUCUGGAGAAACCCCAGAAGGUGACAGAGAAAAUCUACCUGGGUUUUUCAGACCCCGAAAUAGAAGAGCUGGAAAUGAGGACAAGACAGCAGAAACUCAGCGCUCCGGGCCCUCACAACACUGGGCCUCUCCAAAAUGGGCAGGAUGUAUUAGACAGCAAGAGCCAGGCCCCUGUCCACUCAAAGUUUUCUGAAACCAUCAAGGGCCCACAGCUGAAAGGAGAGCAGCAUAGCCACAGCUUAGCCAAACUGAGCUCCACUGGCCCUGGAGGGGACAAAGGCCGGAGUCCCAGUCCCUUGCCAUCCCCUGAGGAGGCGUUCUCCCUGUCCCUUUGUUCUUCUGACCACAUGCCACCUACUAGGAAGAGCAAGCUGUUCUUGUUAGAUAGCAGCCCUGCUGAAGACCUGAGCUUGCAGGGAGUGCUUGGGGAUGGUGGCAGCAUGGGCAAGGGAAGGAGGAGAAGAGAGGCCCCAAGAUUAUGGAUAGGACAGGUCUCCAAGCUUGUCAACCAGGACAUCCCAGGGAGUUGCAAGGAAACAGAGCUCAGUGAACCUGAGGCUCCAGGGGCCUCAGCUGAGGCUCCACCUCAGGGACUUUCCCCAAUACCUCCUGAUACCCUGGCAUCAGAAGCAGCUCAGAAAGCCCCUUCAGGGAGUGCCCCAGGGGAGUCUCCUACCAGUGAGAAGAGAAACCCCCGAGGGUCUCCAGGGUCCCCUGAUGAAGAUAGGAAGCCUAGUGAGUCUGGGCCUGACUUGGAUAACAGCAGCAGCAACAGCCUGGCCUCACACCUUGACUCUUCUGUCCUGGGUGAGGUGAAUAACUUCCCUUGGGACCUGCAGAGCUCACGGGGAUUCGAGCAGGCUGUGGGUCAGUCAGGCCCAGGACCUGGAGAUCAAUACUCCAGACCCUUCCUAGUUCCUCAGUUGUCCAAUGUGCAGAGCUCUCCUGAGGAGCAGUCAGAGAGUGAAGACUACACUGAGGAUCAGAAGUUCUACCAGCACAUCUUGCAGAUGGUCAAGAUCUCUAGGCGGCUGGAGGGCCUGGAGCUGCCUGAGAACGUACAGGAAAUGCCAUGCAAAGACAUCGCCAGCAUGGUUUGUUGCAUGGCAGCUGAGUCUUCCAGGGUGUCUGGUGAGGGUGAGCAUGAGGCCAUCAGAGCUAUGGAGAGGGACUCAAGUUUUCUGGCUCUGGGCCCAGAGCUGAUGGAACAUCCUCAGGAGGUGGCCCUUGCCCCUGAUGGGCAGGAGACCUCUCAGCAAGCCCAUAUCCAGCUGAGCAGCAGCCUCCUCAGGCAGGGGCUAGUCGAGCCGAGCUCCAGUGGAGGGCUGGCUGCAGAGCCAGACAGGAUGCAGCUUCACCAGGGCCUGGGUUCCUCGUUAGCCCCAGUUCAUGUUCCUCUCGGGGGCCUGGCUCCUUUACGAGGCCUUGGGGAUGCCCCACCCCCUGCUCUUCGUGGAUCUCAGAAUAGGAGCCUGGGGAGCUCAGUGGAGUCUGGUCAGCUUGGAGAACCCACGCUGGGUCUCAAGACUUCUGUCUUUGGAAAGGGUCUCUUGGGCUCUAUCAAUGAGGACAAGAAUGCUCUCAGCCUCUUGGCUUUAGGAGAGGAGAACAACGAGGAGGAUGAGGAGGAGAGUGAUGACCAGAGUGUCCGCAGCUCAAGUGAACUUCUUAAGAACCUGCACCUGGACGUUGGGGCACUGGGAGGUGACUUUGACUAUGAGGAGUCUCCCAGAACAAGCCAGCCAGAGGAGAAGAAGGAUGUUUGUCUGGAUUCAGAUGCUGCCGGCCCCGUUACUCCCAGCAAGCAUUCGAGCCAAGGUGCAGACAGCAGUCUGAGCAGUGCUGAUGGCAAAGGGCAACAGAGAAGAAGGAUGAGUCCUGGGCUCUCACAAAAAGAAGAGAAUGAGAAGAGCGAGCCUAGGGCUUCCAGAAGUCUGGCGCCCUCCAAGGUGGGCCCCGGGGGCGAUGAGCCUGCCAAAGCCUCUAAAAAGGACAUGGUGGAUGCAGGAGAAAAGGGUUCCAGGAGGGAAGAGGUGAAGGAGCCAAAGAAGGAGCCUUCUGCCCCCAAAGAGAACAAAUCAGAUGCCAGCCAGGAGUCAGAGAUAAGUGAACAAGUGAAGGAACCACAGCUCUCAGACUCCACGGCUUCUGACCUCAAGUCCUUCCUUGGCCUGGACUUUGGUUUUCGCAGCCGGAUCUCAGAGUACCUGCGGGAUGUUGACGUGCUUUCCCCGGUCCUGGGUGGAGCCCAUCGGGAGGCCCAGGAGUUAGGAAGAGAAGACAAGGAUGAUAGCCAGUCCAGCCAGGAUGAGCUGCAGAGCAAGCAGUCCAAAGGCCUGGAGAGUUCUCUUCCUGUUCUCCAAAUGGAGGGGCCUGACUCUGCGGCUCCAGCUGGUCUGACCAGGUUGUCUCCUCCACUUCUGCGCGGGGAGCAGCUCCAAAGUCCCCUUCACAGCCAGUCCUCUGAAGAAGAGCCUCCACAGGCCCCUGAGGGGCAGCCUGAAUGGAAGGAGGCAGAAGAGCAUGGAGAGGACUCUGUGGCCAGCCCCAGCCCACCGGUUCCCCUCCAGAGCUUUUUGCCCCCAAAUGGGGAGUGUCGUGAGCAUCUCGCCUUCCCACUGGCUUUAACACAAUUGUCAUCAAGGGAGCAGGCCCCAAGCCCACCUGCCACCCAUGAGAGGGGCAAGGAGCAGCACUCCCAGGCUGAGGAGCUGAGUCCUGGGCAGGAAGAGGCAGAGGAGCUCGAGGAGAAGGUGGCAGUCAGCACCACCCCGCCAGUCUCUCCAGAGGUGCGAUUCACAGAGCCUGUGGCUCCCCCAAAGCAGCUCUCAGACGCUGCCCUAAAGGCCAUGGAAGAAGCAGUGGCCCAAGAACUUGAGCAAGAGCAGAGGCGGCUGCUGGAAUCCAAGCGAGAGAAGAUGCAGCAACUGCGAGAGAAGCUGUGGCAUGAGGAGGAAGAGGAGAUCCUCCGGCUUCACCAGCAGAAAGAGAAGUCUCUCAGUUCCUUGAAGGAACAGCUGCAGAAAGCCACUGAAGAGGAGGAGGCCCGCAUGAGAGAGGAAGAAGGCCAGAGGCUAUCCCGGCUUCGAGCUCAGGUCCAGUCUAGCACAGAGACAGAUGAGGACAGAAUCAGGGCCGAGCAAGAGGCUUCCCUGCAGAGGCUGAGAGAAGAGUUAGAGACUCAACGGAAAGCCGAGAGGGCCAGCCUGGAACAGAAAAACAGGCAAAUGCUGGCGCAGCUCAGGGAAGAAAUGGAGGCAUCAGAGAAGAGCGAGCAGGCUGCCCUGAACGCCAGGAAGGAGAAGGCUCUGCAGCAGCUGAGGGAGCAGCUGGAAGGGGAGAGGAAAGAAGCAGUGGCAAGGCUGGAGAAGGAGCACAGUGCCGAGCUGGAGCGGCUCUAUUCCUCACUGGAGGCCAAGCACCGGGAGGUGGUCUCCAGCCUCCAAAAGAAGAGAGAGGAAGCUCAACAUAAAGACGAAGCUCAGCUGCAGGAGAGCCUUGGGAGGGCAGAGCAGAGAGCUUUCCAGAAGGUUCACCAAGUGAUUGAGUAUGAGCAAGAGCUCAGCAGCCUCCUGCGAGAGAAGCGCCAAGAAGUAGAAAGGGAGCACGAGAGGAAGCUGGACAAGAUGAAGGAGGGGCACCAGCAAGCGAUGGCUGAGGCCAGAGAACAGUAUGAAGCUGAGGAGAGGAAACAGCGGGCCGACCUUCUGGGGCACCUGUCCGGGGAGCUAGAGCGCCUCCGGAGGGCCCAUGAGCGAGAGUUGGAGACGGCGAGGCAGGAACAGGACAAGCAGCUUGAGGACUUGCGGCGCCGGCACCGGGAGCAGGAAAGGAAGCUCCAAGAUUUAGAGAUGGAACUGGAAAUCAGAACUAAAGAUAUCAAGGCCAGGUUGGCUCAGCUGGAUGUUCAGGAGGAGACAGCCCGGAAGGAGAAGGAGCAGCUGUUUGACAUGCAGAGGCAGGUUGCUCUGGAGAGUGAGGAAGCCACAGCCACCCAUCAGCAACUGGAGGAGGCAAAACAGGAGCACACCCACCUGUUGGAGUCAAACCGGCAGCUCCGAAGAAUACUUGACAAGCUUCGGUCCCGCAAGUUGGAGUUGGAGUCCCAAGUGGAUCUGCUGCAGACUCAGAGCCAGAGAUUGCAGAAACGCAUCAGCAGCAUGGAGGCGGAAGCGCAAAGGAAGCAGGACCUGUUAGAAGAGCUGAGAGUUGAGGAGAGUAAUGCUUCUGCACAUUUUGAGCCGGAUCUCCACAUUGAGGACCUGAGGAAAUCCCUUGGGACAGACAAAGAUGACCUGUCCUUGGACAAUGUCCGGCACUACCUCUCUGCCGAGGGAGUAGCCCUCCGUAAUGCCAAGGAGUUCCUGGUGCAGCAGACACGCUCCAUGCGGAGGCGGCAGACAGCUCUGAAAGCUGCCCAGCAGCACUGGCGCCAUGAGCUGGCCAGCACUCAGGAGGCAGCUGAAGACCCGUCGGGCACCAAGGCCCUGGGAGAUGUGCGCAGGAACCUGGAGGAGGAGACCAGGCACCUGGAUGAGAUGAAGUCAGCUAUGCGGAAAGGCCACAACCUGCUGAAGAAGAAAGAGGAGAAGCUAAAUCAGCUGGAGUCCUCUCUUCAGGAAGAGGACUUAGGUGAGGACACUCUGAAAGGAACCCUCACCAAGAAGGUGACUUUCGACCUCAGUGACUUGGACGACACGAGCAGUGAAAGUUCUGAUUCCUGCUCCUCGAUUCACAUCAACUUGUCCUCCAGUCCCAUCAUCCCUGACAAGAUCCACGACUUGAGCAGCUCCCUGCAGCGGAUCAGCGGCCAGCUGAACGCUGUCCUGGACCUCCUGAGCAACCUCAACGCCCAGCCGCCACCGCUCUUCACGUCCACGCCAGUGCAUGGCUCCCUCCGGGCCCCCAAGAGCAUCCCUGCUCCCACCUAUUCUCCCUCCAUGGCCAGGGCCUCAGCCUCAUCCCCUGUGGCACCCACGUCCACCCAGUGGGCCUGGGACCCGGGGCUGGGCCCCAGGCUCUCCUCCUCCAUACCUCAGGCAGUGGAUGACUUCCUGCUGGAGAAGUGGCGCAAGUAUUUUCCAUCUGGCAUCCCGCUGCUCAGCAGCAGCCCUGCCCCUUCGGAGAACAGGCUGGGUUACGUGUCUGCCAGUGAGCAGCUCCGCCUCCUGCAGCGCCCACAUUCCCAGAUCCCCCAGGCGGGCAGCACCAACUUUCAGGGCAUGAUCGAUGCUAACCGAAAGUGGCUAGAAAAUUUUAAGAAUGACCCCAAGUUCCAGACAUCUCUUCUCGGUGCCCAAGCCAACACCCACGUCCAGCCUCCUGCAGCUGGGCCUGGAUGAGCACAGGAGGCUGAAGGUGUUUCACUACUGAGGGCUGAGCCCGGGCUUUGGGGCAGCCUGGCCUCUCCUCCACCCAGACCAAGUGCCUGAGGAGCUGCCUGCACUUUAUUCCACCUGAUAAAGCAUUCUCCUGUCCCCUUUGCCACCUCCCCCACUCAGGACUUGGAGGAGCCACCAGGGACCAGGGGGGUGGUCAGCCUCACACUUUGUGCCCUUGGGCUGAAAUGUGUGGACUUCUGCGAGCUCCUGCAUGGACGUGGCAGACUGAUAAUUUGCAGUAGCUGUGGAGCAUUGGGACAUGAGCGCCUUUGAGAGGAAGCUGCCUUCAGGAACCAGGGAACGUGUGGAACUGGGUUGGGCCUUUGGCCCUGCAGGGUCCCGCGUGGGGCUCCCGUGGAGGGCUCCCAUGGAGGUUGUGUAUAUGGUUCUCGAUUCACCAGGAUAAAGCCCCCCGGCAUGCUGGUACCCUGGGCUAGGCUUUGCUGGGCCCACACCUGUCUCUCCAGUACCUCAGCCUCAAAGAUCACACCCCUUCAUUUUUCUUUUUCUUUUCUUUCUUUUUUAAUGUCUCUUUCCUUUUGACUAUCUCAGGAUUGGGCUCAGCUGCCCAGAACCCUGCGGAAGGUUGCUGGGGCCUGUCCUGUCCCUCUGCUGCACUGUGCUUUCCUCAGGGACUUGUCCUCAGGAGUACCCCUCCUCUGUCCCUCGGGCUCCUCCCCAGAGCCAUCCCAGCAAGUCUCAGGUCACAAGCGUACAAUUUCUCCAGGAAGCCAGAAAGCCACGGGAAAGACUGGGAUGGCUUCUGGUUCUCAGUUUUUCUCUUCCUAGAACACCUUGGGUAUUCAUGAGUCCCUGUUUUCAUCUGUCUUUUCUACCUGUGCCUCCCUGUUCUCUGACCCCACUACUGCUACCUCUUCUCAGAGCCUGGCUGGCAAGGGGCUGGGCCAGGGCCUGGCAUGGGCAGUGAGGGCUCUUGUACCAGUUGGAGCUAUUGCCACUCUGGCAGAGCUUCCUGCAGUCCCACUUCCCAUCGGUGGGCUCCUUGGGAAGUGGUGGAUUAUUGCAGGAGAUGUUCUCUGACAUCUGUCUCAUUGUUUAAAUAAAAUGCCCCCAUUUUUCUUGUCCUGAAAGCCGUGGGGUUGCCAUUGCCUCUCUAACACAUAGAAACCCAUUCUCACCAUCCCCCUCUCAUUGCUUUAUCAUGCAAUAAGAAACUAAAAUCUAAUUGACUAUUUUAUCCCUCAGAUACUUUUUAGGCAUCAGCCUGCCACACAGAAAAAGCCCAUUUUGUUAUUUGGCUCAUUCUGUGCUUUGGGAAUAGCUCAUGUGAUACAGCCAACUCUGGUGGUGACAAUCCUAUGUUUUCUGCAUCAAUUAAAUCUCUGCAGGUCCAUUUUCUA